GCGGUGAGAGGGACCUCUUCAUUCCUUUUCCUUGGGCUCUGCCUGUCCCAAGGCCAUGUUACAGAAACAGCAUCUUUAUUCUUAUCCAACUCCUUCACUUUGAUUUGAUCGCUUCACACCACAGUUCUAACUUGAAUGUCUCCAAGAUGAUAGACCCCUGAGAAUUAAAGUCCACGGCCUACGGAGCAGAAAAGGCUGAGUAAACUGAAAAUGAGAGUGUCCCAGCCCCAGUGCCUCUCAGCAGCCUCCUGUUUCUAUGGCACUGAUAAGGAUGAUCCCUGUGGGUAAAAGAAAAGAACGGAAAAUGUAGCAAUGACCACCGACGGAGCAUCUGCUGUGUGUCAGCUGCUGCGCUGAGUUCCUUCUAAACCUGCCUUAACGGAAAUCUCGCAGCAGUCCUGUAAGAUGCCUCCUGUUACCUCUGAUUUGAAAAUUAGGAAACUGAGAUUCAAAGAAGUAAAAUCGAUUGCUGAAAAAUCACAGAAUUGUUUGACUGCAAACCCAUGUGUGUUCUGCAACCACAGCACAUCAGCCUAACUUAGUGCCUGUGCAAACACUGAGCAGGUGUGAGGGAUGCCCUGCUUUCAAAGUGUAUUGGAAUUGUAGCGGGCGAGUCUAAACUACCGUGCAGAACACUUACUCUUCCAGUGGACAUGGGCCGAGAGUCAAGGAUCGAUCAAUCUUCCCUGAAUGUGCUUGCGGAGCCCCCCUGAUGUGGAGCCCAGGGAGGAAUUGUUGUAGGGGCGAAGCCUGGAGCACCCCCUCCUCACACCAGCGUCAAGAAGGGCAGGUUCCCGCCACGGUUCUGGAGAGAGAUCAACUGCCUGGUGCUCAAAGAAGAGAAAAGAAGAAACCAUUGGCAUUUGCUGUCCAGUUAUCAGAAGUCAGGCCAUGCAUGAGUGCUUCACCUGUGUUAUUCAACUUCUGCCUCAAAAUAACCAGAUCACAGAAGGUAAAAUGGCCACAGGGUCUCCCUGAGUCAGUGAUAUCCAUCGCCCCACAAGCCGUCUGUAGCCGUGAUGAUGUCACCUUGGCAGAAACCUGAGCACGAAAGGCUCUCUUUUGGACCCAGCCACGCCCAGGCCCCGCCCCUUUCGGGCCCUAGCGUUUGGUCUCCAUGGUUACGCCGAGAGUGCCGGGCUGCCGUGAAAGCCCCAGGGAAGAAUCGGGCAGACCCGGCUCCAGCUCGUGACUACAGCCAAGGUCAGCGCAGCCCGGGCUCCGCGCCCUUGAUCCCGGGGUGUACCUCGCGAGGAGGCGGGCAUGGGUCAGCGGACGGAGCCUGGGCCGCGGGAGCACGUCGUCUAACCUGGUUCAGGCGACGGUGACAGUAAGGACUCUUUCCAGGCCCCGCCGCUGAGCGUAAGGAGCGGUCGCUUCCGGUCGGAGGCUCACAGGUCCCCAGAAUGCUUCCCACUCAGGCUGAAAGUGUUAUAAAGAGUAUCAUUCGAGAAAUAGGACAAGAAUGUGCAGCCCAUGGAGAGAUUGUUCCUGAAACUCUAGUUGCUUUUAUGGUGAAAGCUGUUGUUCUGGACCCGAGUAAUGGCUUUAACACGGAUAGAACGCUCACAAAAAGUGAUGUGCAGAAACUGGUAAAGCUUUGUGUGAAUCGGCUAUUGGACAGCAAAAAUCCUUCCCUGGACACCAUUAAGAUGCAAGUCUACUUUGAUUUGAAUUAUACAAGUCGAGAGGAAUUUCUUGAAGAACAUCACCGGGUCAUCGAGUCUAGGUUAAGUUCUGUCAGCAGAGAGAUUACGGACAGUCGAGCGUGUGCCCGAGAGGAGCUGGAGAGCCUCUACCGCAAGAUCGUCAGCUACGUGUUACUGCGCUCUGGGCUGGGGUCCCCGACAGACAUCAAGAUUGUCAGAGAGGCAACAGCUGCCCUACAGAGUGUAUUUCCUCAAACUGAGCUUGGGACGUUUCUAACCCUUUCUAAGAAGGACAAAGAAUGCCAGCUGAAAGAACUCACCAUGAUUGUGACUGGAAUCCGUUUAUUUAACCGAGACUGUGGAAAGGGAGGAGAAGGCAUCGAUGACUUGCCAGCCAUUCUACAGGAAGCGAUCCCGGCCACCACACAGCACGUUGAUUCCCAGCUUGAGGCAGUUCAGGACCAGGCAUACCGCUACACAGCCGUCCUGGAGAAGGCGGCAAAGAGCUCCCUCGUGGGUCAAGAGCUUCAGCCCUACAUGCUGAGAGAGGCCCUAUAUAACGUGCGGCAAUGCGAGAUCUUCCUUCAGGUCAUUUUGUCAGAUAUAAUCACCUGUGCUCAAGAAGUGGAAAUGAUGAUAAAGCAGUUAGAAGCGCAGCUGGAACAAUUAAAACUGACUGUAAAGUCAAAGACGGCCGUCCCAACAUCACAAGUCUUUCCCGUCUUCAUUGCACUUUCCAACCUGUGGACUAGUUUUCAGGAUGAAACUGUCUUGAUUAGCGUCCUCAGUAACUUAACUACUCAUCUUGAGCCGUUCCUGGGGGCUCAUGACCUGUUCUUUCCUGAGAAAGUGAUGCAAGCUCUUCUUGAUGGAGUGACUGUGAAAACUGACGUGUGUAGAAUAAAAGAGCACAUAGAAGAUAGAGUAAAUGUGGCAGAUUUCAAAAAACUGGAGUGGCUUUUCCCAGAAACAACAGCCAAUUUUGAUAAAUUAUUGAUUCAGUAUCGGGGAUUUUGUGCUUACACUUUUGCUACAACAGAUGGUCUUCUCCUUCCAGGAAAUCCAUCAAUUGGAAUUUUGAAAUAUAAAGAUAAGUAUUAUACUUUCAAUACCAGAGAUGCUGCGUAUUCAUUUGCAGAAAACCCUGAAAAUUACAUUGAUAUAAUUAGAGAAAAAGCCAAAAAAAAUGCAGAAUUGAUUCAGCUACUGGAACUUCAUCAACAGUUUGAAACCCUUAUUCAGUAUUCUCAGAUGAAAGAGGUUGACAGACGUUAUAUAAAACCAAUUACAAAAUGUGAAACUGGCACUCAGACGGAUACGCACUUGUUGCCACCAACAAUUGUGAGAUCAUAUGAGUGGAAUGAAUGGGAAUUAAGAAGAAAAGCUAUAAAAUUGGCCAAUUUGCGUCGGAAAGUCACGCACUCCAUGCAGACUGAUCACAGUCACAUGAGGAGAGAAAACUGUUCUCAAGUCUACCCUUUGAAGACCGUGGGCACGCAGUCCCUGCGGGCCGGCAGCAGCCGCGUGCCCCGGCCCCAGGUCUACGUCGCUGGGCUCCGUGGGGGCCAGACCAAGGCCACCCGUGGAGUCAAGGUGAACCUAACUAGAGCGGUUGACGAGACCUAGUUAGAGCCCGAGGAUUUGAUGUAGAUACCACUAACUUAAGAACAGUGGCAAAUAUUUAAGAGUACGUUUGCAUCCGUGAAAAUUCAGAUUUUGGCGGGGGGCUGGUACAUUCAUUGGUGGUAUGAAUGUUUUUGGAUUCUCAUUUAUAUGCACUGUCAAAACUCCUACAAAAAAGGGAACAUUGUUUUCUGUAACACAUUUUUCAUUCUAUUAAAAUUGAAAGGUAAAA